AUUCAUUAAACGUUUUACCGCACAGGCCGACGUACAGCGGUUCGAGAUCCGAGAUCCGAGAUCCAAAAAUCCGAAAAUCCAAAAGCCCGAGAGCUCCACCGUUUUCCCACACGCUCACACACCUUAGCGCAGCUCAAUCAAACAGCAAAUAUGAAAUUCUUAGUCACCAUCGCAGCCCUCUGCCUCUUUGUGGCCUUCGCCGCGGGUCAGCAAUACUUCUUGGGCCAGUUCCCCAGCCGGGCUCGCUUCGGAUUCGAUCCCGUGGCGCUGGCAGGACCCUCGUCGGCCACACAGGUGCGGGAUCCCCGGCAGAACAGAGGACCCGUGGUGUUCCCCCCAUCCCCGCCAGACGCAGUGGACGAGUCCAGCGGCGUGGUCGUCGGCGCCUCCGGAUACGGCUUUGUGCCGCCCCAGCAAAGAAAACUCGUUGGUUAGAGUAACAAAUCUUCCCCACACCCAAAACCACACCGAUUGCCAGUAAUUAACACACACACAGCACACGAAAGCACGCACACACACACACAAAUUAUGCACCCCAGCACCGGAAACGGAAAUGCGUCCCUCUUAGCUAAUUACUGCCACCCACUAACUUGGCGCACCUCCCCACUACCCACUCCCCCUCCCCUCCUUUCCCCCUUAAAAUAAACUUAACAUUACUUAGUUUAAUUAGCUUGAAAACCCAAUGUUAAUUACCAACUUAUUGUUUUGUUUUGUAUUUCUCUUAUGAUUUCUGCUUCUUUUUAAUUUAUGUUUCAAAUUGGAAUUGUAUUAUGAUUUUAUGUUUUAUUUUUACCUUAUUUUAUUUGUAACAAACAUCUAAAUUUAAAUUAUGAAUAAACCGACAAAAUACUUUUAAACAAACAAAAACCACC